AUGGCGGAGGAAGAAUUAUGCGAAGAGAUAUACGGAGAGGAUAUUUAUGCAGAUAUUCCCAGUGAUGCAGAAUCUUUUGCACCUGAUUUUUGCGUUGAAAGCAGCGAUCGUGAAGAUGAAGUGGAUGAAAUAAUUGACAUUCAAGUCGUAGAAAGUGAAUCUGACGAGUCUGAGUUUGAUAUACCGCUUGCUCAAUUACAGUCUAGAAGGGCUAAUGCUCGGACUAAUGACACCCCAUCUACCUCGACGACCAAACCUGCACCAGAGACAGUUAUCUGGAACAAGACACAAGCCUCAAAUCAAUGUUUUCCAUUUAGUUGGAUACUUGGCAACGUGCAUCUCAAUGACAAUGAAGUUAUGCCAAAGAAAGGUCAACCAGGUUUUGAUAAAUUAUUCAAAUUGCGGCCUUUUUUAGAUGUUAUGCAGCAAAAGUUUGAAGCAUGCUUUUCACUAACCGAAUGUGGUGCAAUCGACGAAUCCAUGAUUAAGUUUAAAGGACGAAGUUCCCUUAAACAGUACCUCCCCAAAAAACCUAUAAAGAGAGGUUUCAAGGUUUGGUGUUUGGCGGAUGGUUCAGGAUAUUUGAUGGCUAAGUGCGAGUUUCAAAACCCCGGUGGAUCCGUCAAAGAUCGAAUUGCACUUUCUAUGAUCGAAGAUGCCGAGAAAAGGGGAUUGUUGAAACCGGGAUGUACAGUUAUUGAACCAACCUCUGGGAACACCGGUAUUGCGUUGGCUAUGGGGUGCGCAGUUAAAGGGUACAAUUGUAUUUGUGUUGUGCCGGACUAUACGUCACCAGAGAAGCAAGAUAGACUUAAAUCUUUAGGUGCCAAAGUGGUGGUAACCCCAUGUUUACCGGUAGAGCACCCAGAUGGUCCAUUUCUGGUUGCCGAGAGGUUAUCACAAACUAUUCCCAAUUCAAUCAUACUCCGUCAGUUUAACAAUCCCCACAAUCCCAUGGCUCAUUACAAUGGCACUGCAAUUGAAAUUUUAGACCAGUGUGGGGGACAAGUCGAUAUGGUGACGGUUGGAGUAGGCAGCGGUGGAUCGGCUGCUGGCAUUGGACGUAGGUUAAAGGAGUUGCUUCCAAAUUGUUUAAUGGUCGGUGUAGACCCUUCAGGAUCUACAAUUGCGGAACCGCCUUCUUUAAACGAAACUGGUGUGACGGGCAUUCAAGUUGAGGGAAUGGGUCACGAUUUUAACCCAACAAUAUUAGAUCGGAAGGUGAUUGAUUUUUGGGUAAAGGUCGAUGACAAGUCCGCAUUUGAAAUGGCCAGGCGAUUACAUAGGGAGGAGGGGAUUUUGUGUGGGGGCAGUGCUGGAUGUUUAAUGAGCGGCGCACUUCAAGCAGCUAAACAACUAAAAGAAGGACAGAGGUGCGUAGUUAUUCUUCCGGACGGUGUGGGAAAUUACCUUACCAAAUUUGUAUCGGAUUACUGGAUGGAAUCGAUGGGUUUCAUGCACCCGGUUAAUACAUUAAAUCACUGGUGGUGGAACUACAAAGUGUCAGAUCUUAAGCUCAGUCUGGAACCAAUGACUAUUUCUCCUACAUUGAAGUGCAUGGAAGUUUCGAGGCUGUUGAAGAAGGAUAAACUUGAUGUACUUCCGUGCGUCGAUGAUAAAAAUGUAUUCCACGGGUUGCUACAUGCAACGAACCUAGUCAAUCAAAUGCUGAGAAAUAUUAUCCAUCCAAAUGAUACUGUCGAAAAAGUGCUUUCUCAGAAAUACAGAAAGGUAACAUUGGAAUCAAACUUGGGAGAGUUGUCUCAUAUACUUGAAAGGGAAUUAGUUGCUGUCGUUGUUGAAGAAAUUGAAGUAACUCCGCCGAAAUUUAAGUUACUUUUACAUUCUGGUGAUCUGUUGGAAUUUAUUACUGAUAGCAAGCGUGAUCAUCUAUAAGAUUUCUGUUAUUGGAGUACUAUUCCUUUGUUUAUCUUUUGAAUAUAUAUAUUUUUACAAAUA